UUCGAUAAACAGUGAAGAUAUGCUUGAUCCUGAUAUUGUCCUAUCAUUGAAGGAAAUGCUGGAUAAACACAACAGUAUUGCUCAAUCUUUUAGGUACGCUAGAGAUCGAUAUAGGGAAGAUGACUUUAGUGGAGUGAAGUUGAGGCUUAUUCGAAAGCGUGGUAGUGAUGGCAGAGUUUAUAAUCUUCCGUCUGCGUCAGAAGUUGCUGCUCUUAUUGUUGGGGAUAUAAACAGUGCAUUGGGUGAUAAGGAUAUUGUUGUUGAGACACAAGAAAGAGUUUUGCAGCGUAUAGAUGUCAAGCAUCUGUUGUAUCUUGGAUUGCAGUAUCCUUUGUUAUUUCCUUAUGGUGAAGAUGGCGGACCUAGAUAUAUGGCUGAGAAUUGUAAAGAUGCCUUUGCAAUCUGCCGUUGGGCUGGAUAUCCUCAUCUGUUUAUAACGAUCACCUGCAAUCCUAAGUGGCCAGAGAUUACCAGAUUUCUUAAGGCAAGAAAACUCAACGCUGAAGAUCGUCCUGAUAUUCUUUGCCGAGUAUUCAAGUUCAAAUUGGACGAAUUGCUACAUGAUUUAAAAAAGGGUCGUGUUCUUGGCACAGUUAAUGCACAUGUUUGUACAGUUGAAUUUCAGAAACGUGGACUGCCUCAUGCUCAUAUUCUACUUUUCUUGCAUCCCUCCGAAAAACCUAAUACUGGACUUGACAUUGAUAAUUUGAUUUCAGCUGAGAUUCCUAACAAAGAUUCCAAUCCUUCACUUUUUGCAUCUGUCACGAGUUAUAUGAUGCAUGGACCAUGUGGUCCUGACAAUUACAAGUCUCCUUGCAUGAAGAACGGACAUUGUUCAAAGAAAUUUCCCAAGAAGUUCUGCUCCCGUACUUUUAUUGAUGAUGAUGGAUUCCCUCAUUAUAGAAGAAGAAAUGAUGGAAGUGUUGUCAAAAAGAACGGCGUUGAACUUGAUAAUCGUUAUGUUGUGCCGUAUAAUGCAAAACUUCUUCUAAAAUAUCAAGCGCAUAUCAAUGUUGAAUAUACUUGUCAAAGUAGUGCCAUUAAAUAUCUCUUUAAAUACAUCCAUAAAGGGCAAGACAGGGUGACAGCUGCUAUAAAUCAUUCAGAUGAUGAAAUCAAAAUGUUUUAUGAUUGCAGUGAUCAUGCUUCAAUAACCGAUGUCAAGACUAGGGCGGAGUCUAGACAAUCAAUGUUCGAGUCUUGGAUGGAUGCAAAUAAAAAAUAUCCAGAAGGUAGGAAUCUUACUUAUGCAGAGUAUCCAACUCAAUUUGUAUAUAAAGAAAGUACGCAUGAAUGGCAUCCCAGAAAACAAGGAUUUUCAAUUGGAAGAAUAAAUCGUUUUUCUGCCAAUAAUGGAGAAGAUUCCUAUCUCCGAACUUUACUUAAUUUUCAAAAGGGUUGUACAAGUUAUGAAGAUUUGAGAACGGUCAAUGGGGUGUUUUUUCCUACAUAUAAGGAUGCCUGCUAUUCUUUGGGGCUUUUGGUUGAUGACAAUGAGUACAUUGAUGCAAUUAAGGAGGCAAGUUCUUGGGGGUCAGCAACUUAUCUGAGAAAUUUGUUUGCCUUAUUGUUAUUUGGUAACUCAAUGAACAGGCCUGCAAAUGUUUUCCAAAAAUGCUGGGAAUUAUUAUCUGACGAUGUUCUUUAUCGGCAUAGGCAAAGAAUUGGACGUGAAGAUGCUUUGCUUACAGAGGAUUCUAUAAAAAAACAUAACCCUGGCAGAAAUCGAUAUGGUGUUGCAAAGCAACAUUUCUCUUUGAAAGAAGAGCAUCACAGACUACUGAAUUCACUCACUGAUGAGCAGAGGGUUGUUUAUGACAAAAUAAUUUCAGUUGUUUCGGCAGCAUUUGUUCGAUCUCGAGCUGAAAUAGUGCUUAAUGUUGCUUCUAGCGAAAUUGCUUCACUUCUUCUUCCUGGAGGACGUACGACACAUUCUAGAUUUUGUAUUCCUAUACAGAUCACCGAAGAUUCAACAUGUAAUAUAAAACAAAAUUCUACUUUGGCAGAGUUGUUGUCAAAAACAAAGUUAAUCAUUUGGGAUGAAGCACCGAUGGUACACAAAUUUUGCUUUGAGGCUCUUGAUAGAACACUUAGAGAUGUUCUUAGCUGUGUUGAUAUGCCCUUUGGUGGAAAAGUUGUCGUUCUAGGAGGUGACUUUCAGCAAAUAUUACCUGUCAUUCCAAAUAGCAGUAGACAAGAUAUAGUUCAUGCAACCAUCAAUUCUUCUUAUCUAUGGUCCCAUUGUCAUCUGUUAUCUUUGACCAAGAACAUGUGUCUCAAUUCUAGAAGUAACACUAAUAAUUUGUUGGAAAUAAAAGAAUUUUCUGAGUGGCUGCUUAAAAUAGGAGAUGGUGAUCUUGGUGAUGAUGUUGAUGGAGAAUCUAUUUUAACAAUUCCAGAUGAAUUGUUGAUCAAAGGUUCAGAAGACCCAUUUUCAGAUAUUGUUGAUUUUGUUUACCCAAAUCUGAUAGAUAAUAUAUUAGAUCCUACUUUCUUUAAAGAACGUGCUCUUCUGACUCCUAAAUUGUCCGAUGUUGCCAUGUUAAACGAGCACCUAAUGGCUGUGAUUCCGGGUGAAGAAAGGACAUUAUUGAGUUCAGAUAAGGUUUUGAAACAAGACGGUAAUUCAUCUCUUGAGGAUGACGAAAUCUCCCCUGAUAUCUUAAAUACAUUCUCAUGUUCGGAGAUUCCUGAUCAUAAAUUAACUUUGAAGGUUAAAGUACCGAUGAUGCUAUUGAGAAAUAUUGAUCAAUCAAGAGGUUUAUGCAACGGUACGAGAUUACUUAUUACAAAGUUGGGGAAUCAUGUUGUUGAGACAAUUGUUCUUACAGGAAACAAUAUAGGAGAUACUGUGUUAAUCCCUAGAAUGACGAUCAACCCAUCGGGUUAUACAUUUCCAGUAAACUUCCAAAGAAGACAAUUCCCCUUGGUAGUUUCGUUUGCGGUGACUAUCAACAAAAGUCAAGGACAGUCGCUGUCUCAUGUUGGAAUUUAUCUUCCUAGGUCUGUCUUCACUCAUGGGCAAUUAUAUGUGGCACUAUCUAGAGUAAAGAGCAGACAUGGAUUGAAGAUGCUGAUACUUGAUGAAAAUGGUUGCGUUACAAAUACUACCUUUAACAUCGUCUACAAGGAAAUUCACUAUUCGAGGCACAAUCAGUAUAUUAUUCCCUUGUCAUUUUUCAGAGCCAAAGGUUUUUCAUUGUAUUAA